AAAGUUGCACUUUCAUUCUGCAGAUCUCAGAGAGGUAUUUUCCACAGAGGCGGCAAACAGCAAGGUCCCUGUGUAAGAAGUUAGGUGCCACAUUUCUAUUCAUUUUCUGGGUAAACGGCAUCCCUUCUCUUUGGCUUCUGGUGUCCUGGAUUUGAUCAAAUGACUUGGGUCCCUCUACACACACUGAUGAACCAUCAGAACCGAAGAUGAACAGCUCAGAAAGCAGCUGCAUCCAAACGGCGGACUUUCAGUUCGUCCUCUUCCCGGUGGUGUACAGCUUCGUGGUGGUGUUCGGACUCUUGGGUAAUGUGUUCGCCCUCUACAUGUUCAUGUGCAAAAUCACACCACGCACCUCCACCAGCGUGUACGUCAUCAACCUGGCGCUGGCAGACACGGCUUUUCUGUGCACGCUGCCUUUCCGCAUCCAUUACCACUUAAACCAAAACGACUGGAUUUUUGGGGACAAGGCGUGCCAGAUCACGGGCACUCUGUUCUUCGCCAACAUCUACAUCAGCAUCGCCUUCCUCAGCUGCAUCGCCAUCGACCGCUACGUCGCCACAGUGCAUCCUCACGUCUACCUGCGACUUCAGCGCAGCCCCUGCACGCAGCUGGUCAGCCUCUCGGUGUGGACCGUCGCCGGUGUCGCCGUCUCCAUCUUCAUCAUGGUCGGCCCUCUGGAGAGUAACUCCACCGACGGCCGGCGGAGCUGCUUCGAGAACUUCUCAGAGUACGAGUGGGAUACGCGGCUGGCGGCCUACAGCGCCUGCAGCCUGCUGUUUGGCUCGCUGGUGCCUUUCGUCAUCAUCAUGGUGUGCUACCCUCUGGUGGCUCGCCGCAUCGCUCGCAUCCACACGGGCACCAGCCGCCGGGCGCUGCGUGUCAUCUGCGCCAUCCUGGGCAUCACGGUGCUCUGCUUCCUGCCGUACCACAUCGUGUACCUGCUGCACCUCCUCGUGCGUCUCCGCGUGAUCCAGUACUGCCCGUUCGCCUCCGCCAUUUACCGCGCGCGCCGUGUUACCAUGGCGCUCGUCAGCAUCAACAGCUGCCUGGACCCUGUAAUCUAUUACUUCUCCACCAGCUUCUGCAAGCUGAACAGGCCCACAUGGCUGUCACUAGGUAGGCACCAUAGGGUCUACAACAUCAGCUGCAAAAUGUGAAACUAAUCUACAUCUUGGGAGCUGAAGCUUAUGAGGCCUCCAUGUUCAGCACGGACAGACACUCCAUGUGGUCACCAGCAGUGACAAGAGGCUGACAUACCAUGAUGAGCAGAGCCAGUGAUUUAUACCCACAUGCCCAAUAUGAAAACGAAACAUUUUGACUGCAUAAUCUGUGGCUUUGCUUUACCAAAGUUUAACUAUACCACUAACUAGGGGGGCUAACCCAGGUCUGUGAAGAUCCUACAGGUUUUGGAGCAAAACUUUAAUUUGUGCUGUAAAAUACUUAACAAGAUGGUUGAACACUGUUGCAAAAGGCAUUUACCACAUUAUAUGAUGUCAGAAAGAUUACUACAUAGAUUAAAACCUUGAUAGAUUUAUGCUUAAUUUCCUGUUUAUGUUGAACUUAGUGAACUAAGUUUGCCCAAGUAAGUAACAGCUUGUUGACUCACCAUUUUUCACAGCAUGGAAACCCUAACUGUGUAAUUAGCAUUCUAUGAAUAAACACCUUUUAAUAGAU